AGUCUUCGGGUCUAACCAAGUGUCAAGAGAGGCCAAAGCUGCUGACUUCGGGUCCAAACACCGGGGCGGAGGAAAGUUAUUCCCAAAAAGGAAGAAGAGUUCCUCCCCUUCUCAUACGAUACAAUAGAAAACAUUCAAGAAGCCCCGAGGCAUCGAUCCCAGUCUCCUCCAUCCCCUUCCCUCUCACUCUCUUCCACCAGAAUGGCAGAAGGUUACAUAUGAGAAGAGAUCUUCCUCCAAGUGUUGGGCUCUUUAACCUUACGAUCUUCAGCAGCCGAGGAAGAGAGAUCUUCAAUAUUACAAGAACACAUUUUGGUAGUGUAGCAGUCAUGUUUCGUAAGAAGCAUACCACCCGUGAUAUUCAGGAGGAUGGUACCGUGCACCAAGAAGCAAAGAUCAAUGAGCUAAGAGCUGCAAUGGGACCCUUGUCUGGACGUAGCUUGAAGUACUGCACUGAUGCAUGCUUGAGGAGAUAUUUGGAAGCUAGGAACUGGAAUGUUUAUGAGUCAAAAAAAAUGUUGGAAGAGAUGCUCAAGUGGCGAUCAACCUACAAGCCAGAAGAGAUCCGCUGGCAUGAAGUUGCUAUUGAAGGUGAAACUGGUAAAUUGUACAUAGCAAAUUUUCAUGAUCGAGAAGGAAGAACUGUUCUUGUGAUGAAACCAGCAAAACAGAACUCAUCAUCACACAUCAAUCAAAUUCGGCAUCUGGUGUAUAUCUUAGAGAAUGCGAUUCUCAAUAUGCCUGAGGGUCAAGAGCAAAUGGUGUGUUUGAUAGACUUCACUGGGUGGUCAUUAAGCAAUUCAGUCCCAAUAAAGACUGCUCGAGAAGCUGCAAAGAUUUUGCAAAAUCAUUAUCCUGAGAGGCUUGCUGCUGCAUUUUUAUACAAUCCUCCCAGAAUCUUUGAAACCUUUUGGAAGAUUGUCAAAUAUUUCUUAGACCCAAAAAGCUUCGAAAAGACACAUUUUGUUUAUCCAAAGACUGCAGAAAGCAUAGAGCUCAUGUGCAAGUACUUUGAUGUUGAGAUACUUCCGGUUGAGUUUGGAGGAAAGAACAAAAUACAAUACAACCAUGAGGAGUUCUCCAAAUUGAUGUUAAAGGAUGAUAUCAGAUCGGCAAGCAUUUGGGAUUUGAAUGAAAAACCAGCCCAGGCCAACCAUACAACCAAUGGGCACUCAACUUCCGAGGUUGCGUGGGAACCAUCACGGAUUGCUGCGCAAGCAAGUUGAGCAAAAGCACCACUAAAACUUCCAUGCAGCAUGUCGCUACUUAGUAACACAGUGGGUAUUCUUUGGGUACCCUAGUUAUACUGUGGAUCUAGUUCUUUCUGUUUCACUGGAAAUCGUUCUAAAAGAUGUUUCUUUUCUUGAAGAAUUUAUACAAUGUAGACAAACAACGCUUCUGAAGAAUAUACUAUCAUGCAGAUAAACAUCCAUCUCACUUUGCUGACUCAGGAAAUUAGUCUCUUCGCUUGUGUUUCACUGUACGUUGUGUUUUAGUCUCUUCAGUUUUGUUUUGCAGUACAAUCUAUGCCCCAUGAAUUAUUAUA